AUAUCCAACUCUGUAAAGCUAAUUGAGCGGACCAACUUAGAAAUUCACCAAGUCCUCUUCCCUACCAUGGAAUCGCCGUUUGUUCCCUCGAAAAAUCAUUUUGCUGCAAAUGAAGAACCUCCAAAAUCAUACAGAGAAUUCAUCUCCACCCUUCCUAGAACCAAAGGCUGGAACGCCGAAGAUGAUCUUUAUCACUACCAAGGCUUUUGGUUCCAUCCAACGUUCCUGGAUGGAAUCAUGUCGGCUCAAGAUUACUUCAAGGCUCAGCCUUCGGACAUCCUCAUUUGCAGCACUCCGAGAAGUGGUACUACUUGGCUCAAGGCCCUGGCCUUCGCCAUUGUCACAAGAAACUCCUUUGAUGACUCCACAAGCCCUUUGCUCUCCAAAGUACCCCACGACUGCGUACCCUUUGUGGAGAUGGAUCUUAGCCAUGGAUCGAGUGCUCGAGACCCUGAAAUGCCCCUUUUAGCCACCCACAUCCCCUUCUCUUCCUUGCCUAAAUCAGUGCUCGAGUCUGGUUGUAGAAUUGUUUACAUCUGCAGGAACUCCAAGGAUGCCUUUGUUUCAAUGUUUCAUUUUGCUAGAAGACUGGAGAUCCAGAGAAACUUGGAGCCCCUGUCUCUGGAAGAGGUAUUUGAGCUGUUCUGUGAAGGGAAAUGCCACUAUGGACCACAGUGGGACCAUGUUUUGGGGUACUGGAGGGCGAGUUUGGAACGACCGGAGAAGAUACUGUUCCUCAAAUACGAAGAAGUGAAGGAAGACACUGGCGUCUACGUAAAGAAACUGGCGGAGUUUAUUGGGUGCCCUUUCUCCCCUGAGGAAGAGGAAACAGGGGCGGUGGAGAAGAUCGUGAAGAUGUGUAGCUUCGAGAAUCUGAGCAACCUGGAGGUGAAUAAGACGGGAAAGCACCGUGAGGACACCCCAGUAUCAAUUCAAAACAAGGUGUUCUUUUGGAAAGGAAAGAUCGGAGAGUGGGAGAACCAUCUGACGCCCGAAAUGGCUGCACGCUUGGACAGGAUAACAGAGCAGAAGCUGGGGAACUCUGGCCUGAAUCUGGUUCGUCACUAAACACUCAUGGUGAUUUGUGAUUAUGUUCCUGGAAAGUGUUUUCAGGGAGUAUAGUUCGCAUGUACAAGUGCUGUAGCAACGUAUCUCAUGUUGCUCGUUCAUAGCACCGUUGGUCCAUUGGAUCAUCUAUGUAUGUUGGUCCAACUAAUAAAACGUUGUGAUUAUU